AUGUCUUAUCCUAAAUUGAAUGCCCGCCACAUCCAGAAUCUGAGCAGUGCAACGACAUUAGAACCACAUUGGGGAUAUGCGGACCGAGCUAUACCCUGCACCAACGAUGCCGGUUCAUGUGCCUAUCUCGAUGUUGUCUAUUCGGCUCAUGACCGGGGGAUGCUUUACACUGGCGUCCUCUGGUCAAGCAUUGGGGGCAUUCUAUUGAUCUGGGCCCUGAUCAGACUACUUCACGAGCCAAAUAUAUCGCUCUCUUUAAUUGCACCGCGUCUGGCCGGCAUACGCAAACUUCGAGUCUCUUUUGCGGUGUUAAGCCGUAAAUUUCUACUCCCCGACGCGGCUCACAUGGUCUUCGGCCGUACAACGCGCAUUCAAGUUUUCAUUCUUGCAGCAUUGGCCGGCUAUCUUCUCAUUUUCAGCUUUGUCGGGAUUACCUAUAACACCUGGGUUACGCCUGUCUCCAACAUGGACGGCGUCUACAACACCCGCUCCAGUAUAGGCCCAUGGUCGGAUCGAAUUGGUGUUCUUGCAUACGCACUCACGCCUCUUUCCGUGAUGCUCAGCAGUCGCGAGUCCUUUCUUUCAUUGGUCACCGGUUUACCCUACCAGACCUUCAACUUCCUACAUCGCUGGCUGGGUUACAUUAUCUUCGUGCAAAGCUCGCUGCAUACAAUCGGUUGGUGUAUAGUUGAGCUGAGGCUGUACCAACCACAACCAUCCGUCGGUAUUGAAUGGGUCACACAGACGUACAUGGUCUGGGGAAUUGUCGCUAUGAUCCUACUCCUCCUGAUAUUUGCUCUGAGCACACCAUGGGGCAUUAGACUUACUGGAUAUGAGACCUUCCGAAAGCUGCACUAUGUUCUUGCCAUGGUUUAUAUCGGCGCCUGCUGGGGCCACUGGAAGCAACUGAAGUGCUUUUUGCUUCCGUCCCUCAUCUUUUGGUUCCUCGACCGAGGUGCUCGCUUUAUUCGCACGGGUGUAUUGCAUUAUCAUCCGGGCGAAGAGUCAGGAAUGCUAGGCUUCAAGUCUAUCGAAGCUACCGUUGUGUGCUUUGUCGACGAGAACCAUGGGGAUGUUAUUCGCCUUGAAAUGGAAAACAUCCAGGAUACAUGGAACAUUGGUCAACAUUACUAUUUGUGCUUUCCGAAGAUUAGUAUGUGGCAAUCACAUCCAUUCACACCUCUCAACGCGCCAGUGAUUGCCAAGGGUCAGGUCAAGCAUUCAUAUAUACUACGAGCCAAGAAGGGCGAGACAAAAAGAAUUGCAGACCUUGCCUCCAAUGGCCGUUUGACUACACCGGUCAUUUUGACAGGGGCGUAUGGCGAGUCGAUCACCAAGAAUCUGGCACCCAAUACCAACAUUGUUUGCGUUGCUGGCGGUACUGGAAUCACUUAUGUGCUCCCAGUCCUGCUUGGUCUCGCUCAGCAGCCACCCUCUCCCAACAGAAAAUUGGAUCUGAUCUGGGUAAUCAAACAUGCGAGCAAUACCCAAUGGAUCCAGGAAGAGCUGGACCUCUUGCGAACAGUGCGGAAAGAUAUGAAUUUGAAAAUCCGGAUCUUUGCUACCAGAGAUCCGAGCAGCCAAGCCUCGUCAAAAGAAAGCACAUUACCAGUAAAAAAUGACGACGAGAAGGAUAUGAAAUCAUCACAAUCUUCACCAUCCGCUGACAUUUGUGACAGCGAAUUGGAUGUUCCAAUCAAGCUCGGUGGCGGAUCUGCAGACCGCAGCAGACAUCCCGAUCUACAGAAGUUAAUCACCGAAUUCCUAGACGACACAAUAGGGGGGCCAACAACCAUAUUUGCCAGCGGGCCUGGCAGUAUGCUCAGUGAUCUGCGGGACAUUGUCGCAACUUGCAAUUCUGCGUCCAAGGUGUGGAGUGGGCAGGAGAAGUUCGACGUCAGUCUGGUAUAUGAUGAUCGCCUUGAGUGGUAG